AUGACGGGAAUUCCCAGAAGCCUGACGGAACACCGGCUCAACACCUUUACAUGGGUGAAACCAGUGAAGCAAAAGAAGCGUAGCAUGGGACCAAACAAGAAAAGGGUUGCUUGUGAAGAGACCCGCAAACUGCUCAGGGCGGAGAUAGUCAGGGAAGUCAAAUACCCAUCCUGGGUUGCCAACCCAGUUAUGGUUCAGAAAAAAGAUGGGGGAUGGAGGAUGUGCAUUGAUUUCCAAGACUUAAACAAAGCAUGCCCCAAGGACUGCUACCCCCUCCCGGAGAUAGACACCCAGGUCGACUCCCUGUCCCAGUAUCCACUGAAGUGCUUCCUAGAUGCCUACAAGGGAUACCACCAAAUACAGAUGUCAAUAGAAGAUAAAGAAAAGACCGCUUUUAUCACCGAUGAGGGAACAUUUUGCUAUACUAAGAUGCCCUUUGGUCUAAAAAAUGCGGGGGCGACAUACCAAAGGUUUAUGAACACCUUGUUUAGGGAGCAAAGGGGAAGGAAUCUAGAGGUGUAUGUUGACGACAUUGUCAUCAAGAGUCUGACAGAAGCAGCCAUGAUAGACGACAUAGCUGAGACUCUCAACACAAUGCAGGAUGUAAAUAUGAAGCUGAACCCCGGGAAAUGCUGUUUCGGGGUAGAGGAAGGAAAUUUCCUGGGGGUGGUGGUAACUAAAGGAGGGAUAAAGGCAAACCCAGAGAAGACCCAGGCUGUGGCGGAAAUGCGCUCCCCCAGGUCCUUGAAGGACAUCCAGCAAUUAAACGGAAGGCUGAUUGCACUAAAUCGUUUCUUAUCAAAAGUGGCUGACAAAACCCUCCCUUUUAUGAAGGUGUUAAAAGACUGCCUCCAGACCAGCAAAUUCAACUGGACCACCGAGGCCGAAAUCGACUUUCAGGAAAUGAAGACCUACAUCUGCAAGCUCCCAACGUUAGCCACCCCGGUGCCCGGGGACCCACUGCUCCUUUACCUAUCUGCCUCUAAGACGACCAUAAGCGCGGUCAUGAUGGUGGAACGGGAGAGGAAACAGAUCCCUAUAUAUUUCAUCAGCAGAACACUUAAGGGGCCCGAGGAGUGGUACAUGCCUUUAGAAAAGCUUGCGUUGGCCCUGGUUUUUGCAUCUCGAAGGCUCAGAAGGUACUUCCAAGGGCAUAAGGUCACCUUAGUAACUGAUCAACCCCUCCAGAAAGUGCUUAGAAAACCGAAACAGUCAGGGCGACUAGCUAAAUGGGCCGUAGAAUUGGGAGAACAUUCUCUGGAGUUCAAGCCCAGGACAGCCAUGAAGGGACAAAUACUGGCUGACUUCCUAGCAGAAGUGCCUGAGGACGAAGAGAGAGAAUUACUAAGGUGGGAGGCUUUGGAGGAAGAAGAAAAGAGAAGGGAAGACGCGGCUGUCUGGAAGUUGUUCACGGAUGGAGCAUCCAGUGAAGAAGGGAAUGGUGCAGGCAUCACAUUGAUAAGCCCCGAGAGGGUUGAGCUAACAUAUGCUAUAAGGCUGGAUUUCGAAAACACCAACAACACCGCCGAAUAUGAAGCCCUCUUAGCAGGGAUGAGAUUGGCACAGAAGAUGAAAGCAAAACACGUGGAGGCUAGUACCGAUUCACAGUUGGUGGUAAAGCAGUAUCAGGGGGAAUAUGAAGCCAAGGAUGGCGUCAUGGCUCGGUAUGUGGCGAAAGUUAAGGAGACAACUAAGGCAUUCGGAACCUUCAAACUGGAAUACAUCCCCCGAGGGAGGAACAGGAAAUCUGAUGCACUGAGCAAGCUAGCUUCAGUGGCAUUCGAUCACCUCGCAAAGGAAGUCAAAGUAGAGGUCCUGACAUCCCCCUCCCUGAACGUAACGGAAGUGGCCACAAUCGAGGGUUCCCAAGAAACAUGGAUGACUCCAAUCAUUAAAUUCCUCCGGGACGGGAUCUUACCCGAGGGGGAAUGGGCGGCCAGAAAGAUAAGGGUCAAAGCCCUACAAUAUGAGCUGAUUGGGGAGGAGCUAUACCGAAGAUCAUAUCUGGGUCCGUCCCUAAAGUGCAUAGAUAUGGAAGAGGCCGAAUACGUGAUUAGGGAAAUGCACGAGGGAAUCUGUGGAAUGCACUCAGGACCAAGAACGGUUGUAAGAAGGGCAAUGAACGCAGGAUUCUACUGGCCGCGAAUGUACGAGACGACAUCUGAAGAGAUCAAGAAGUGUGAUAACUGCCAAGUACAUGCACCAAUGACCCACCAGCAUAAACACCCUAUGGUCCCGGUCUCAACAUCUUGGCCGUUCCAAAAAUGGGCCAUCGACAUAAUCGGACCUUUUCCAGAAGGCCCCGGGGGGGUCAAAUACGUGGUGGUGGCCAUUGAUUAUUUCACUAAGUGGAUCGAAACGAAGCCCCUGGCGAAGAUCACCGGAGAUCAGAUGAGACGUUUCGUGCUGGAUAACAUCGUGUGCAGGUAUGGGGUCCCGAAGGAACUGGUGAGUGACAACGGGGUGCAAUUCGCCGGGAGACCCUUCAAGCCAUGGUACGAACAAAUGAGAAUUCAACAGGUGUUCACCUCUGUAACCCAUGCCCAGAGUAACGGGUUGGUGGAGAGAGCCAACCAAAGCGUUAUCAAAGGAACGAAGGGGAGGCUUGGGAGGAAACAGAAGGGCUGGCUGGAGGAACUUCCAUUUGUGUUAUGGGCAUACCGAACCACCCUCAAAUGUUGCAAUGGGGAAACCCUAUUCAGCCUUACCUACGGGACGGAGGCCAUAAUCCCUGCGGAGAUCGGAUCCCAAACCGCCCGGAUGAAGCUGAGGGAUGAGGAGAACGAGCAGGAUCUAAGGAUGAAACUGAAUUUAUUGGAAGAAAGAAGAGAGAUAGCAGCGGUGAAGGAAGCUCACUACAAAAAACUCCUGGCAAGUUAUUACAACACCCGGAUGAAGAAACUUAACCUCGUCCCAGGGGACCUAGUCCUUAGGGCCAAUGAGGCCAGUCUGCAGGAAAAUACUAGGAAGUUGGGCCCCAACUGA